GCCUGUGAAAAAUGAAAGCAGUGAUCUGAUUGGUUGCUAUGGGCAACUGGGCAAGUUUUCCUCUGCCCAGGUUGUGAUAAAUGUCCCUCAUAUAACCCUGGCGUUGGUGUGUGGGCUCCGGAUGGAUCCAGAAGUAUUGAAAAAAAUUGAAGAGGAUAUGAAGAACUUCACCUGCAAAAUGGGGGAGAUCCAGGGCGUCCCCUUCCCUGAGACCACCUGUGAAAUCUGGGACAAGAUCUACAACUUUCAGGCGCGAGAAGACGAUAUCCUGAUCGCUACGUUUCCUAAAGCCGGAACCACAUGGAUGCAGGAGAUCGUGGACCUGAUCCUGCUAAACGGGGACGUGGAGAGGAGCAUGCGGGCCCCGAGCUUCAUGAAGGUGCCCUUCAUAGACCUGAACGCGAAGCCCAGGAUCCCAGGAGUGGAGGCCGCUAACACCAUGGAGUCACCGCGCCUCAUAAAAACUCAUUUUCAGAUACAGCUCGUGCCGCCAUCGUUUUGGGAGAAGAACGUCAAGGUCGUUUAUGUUGCCCGGAAUGCCAAGGACUGCGUGGUCUCCUACUAUCACUUCCAGAGGAUGAAUAAGGCUCUGCCGGAUCCUGGGACCUGGAAUGAAUACUUCUCUAUGUUCUUAGCUGGAAAGAAUCCUUGGGGGAGCUGGUUUGACAAUGUCAUCGGAUGGUGGAAAGCAAAAGACAAACACCAGAUUCUCUAUGUCUUCUACGAGGACAUGAUCGAGGACCCAAAGAGAGAAAUAAGAAAAAUAUCAAAAUUUCUGGGCAAAGACCUGACAGAGGAAGUUCUGGACACCAUUCAACUCCACACAUCAUUCGACGCCAUGAAGGAGAACCCAAUGACCAACUUCAGUACUGUGCCGUCAUUUGUAUUUGACCAGUCCGUCUCGGCCUUCUUGAGGAAAGGUAAAGUCGGUGACUGGAAGAACCAUUUCACGGUGGCCCAAAACAUUGUAUUUGAUGAGGAAUACAAGAGGAAGAUGGAGGGGAGUGGGCUGAACUUCCGCACUGAGCUAUGAGACAAGCUAAAAUGGCUGCACAAAACAUAUAUUUUAAUGUGUAUGAAGUGGGUGGAACAAUGAUGCCAAACCACCACCACCCCUCAAUGACUUAUCCAGGAGAUGACAUUUCGAUGAUUACUGGGAGGGUUGACCAUAAAGCCGUCCUUCAGGCUCCUCCCCCUUAAGACUUCUCCCCUCUAAGGUGCUGUAUCUAAUCCUACCAUGUGUCAUUCUGUCUGCAAAGCUAACAUACCCAAGCUUAUGUGUUCUACUGUCUGCUGUGCCGAGUAUCAAGACCUUUUCAGGGCAAUACUGUUCACUGAGCCAUUGUAACAAAGCCAACAUCAUACUUGCCAACAGUCCUAAUUUUGGAGUUUCAGUCCCAUGAACCAGACAAAAAAAUCGAACCAGUGCUUAAAGGGGUACUCCACCACUAGACAUCUUAUCCUCUAUCCAAAGGAUUGGGCAUAAGAUGUCUGAUCGUUUGGAGGAUUGGGGGGGUGGAGCUCACUUACCUGACACCACUGAUCCGCUGUUCUAGCUUCUAGAAUAGGGGGGUGUCGCAUUAAGAUAACUAGGUCUAAACCAAUGCAUUAUGGGAAAUGAAAACCUACUGUACAGUGUAUCCAGAAAAUCUUCAGACCCUUGCACUUUUGUCACAUUUUCUUAUGUUUCUCCUUGUGCUAAA